AUGGCGGAUAUGCAGGCCACGCUGCUGCUGGGCUCAGAGGGAAUCACGAAAACAAUCCUACAUGGAGGUACUGGAGACAUCCCAAAACUCACUGCUGGGGCAAAGGUGACGUUCCACUUCCGCACCCAGUUGUGUGAUGACGAACGUACAGUGAUAGAUGACAGCAAAGUGGUGGGGACGCCCAUGGAGAUAGUCGUCGGCAACAUGUUUAAACUGGACAUCUGGGAGAACCUGUUGGCCUCCAUGAGGAUCGGUGAGGUGGCUGAGUACUGGUGUGACACCACUCACACUGGAGUUUACCCACUUGUAUCCAAGAGUAUGAGGCGCAUUGCAGAAGGCAAAGACCCAGUCGACUGGCACAUCCAUACAUGUGGUAUGGCCAACAUGUUCGCCUACAACAGCCUUGGCUACGAUGACCUGGAUGAGCUGAUGAAGGAACCAAAGCCCCUCUACUUUGUCCUGGAGCUGCUGAAGGUGCAGCAGCCCAGUGAGUACGACAGGGAGUCGUGGGCUCUGAGUGAUGCAGAGAGGCUGAAGGUGGUCCCUGUGCUGCACGGCCAGGGGAACAUGCUCUACAAACAAGGAAAUUACCAAGAGGCUGCAAAUAAGUACAAGGAGGCCAUCAUCUGCAUCAAGAAUGUUCAGAUGAAGGAGAAAGCAUGGGAGGUCCCGUGGCUGAAGAUAGAGAAGAUGGCCAACACCUUAACGCUCAACUACUGUCAGUGUUUGCUGCGCAUGGAAGAGUACUACGAGGCCAUUGAGCACACCAGCGACAUAAUCAACCAGCAUCCAGGUGUAGUGAAGGCCUUCUACCUGCGAGGCAAGGCCCACAUGGAAGUGUGGAAUGAGGCGGAGGCCCGGCAGGACUUCAGCAGGGUGCUGGACCUGGACCCCGGCAUGAAGAAGGCCGUCAAGAAGGAGCUAGCAGUGCUUAACAUGCGCAUGGAAGAGAAGAACCAGGAGGACAAGGACAAAUACAGGGGCAUGUUUUGAUCAGAGACAGCGGUUGGAGAGUCAGAGAAGUGAUGGGAUAAAGAGUAGUUAAGUUGUUAUAUCACAAAUCUCUAUGCUUGAUUGUACCUUUAACUCCGUGAAUUAACGUUUAAGGACUGUGAGACACUUCCAGGAGUGUGAAAUAAAAUGAAAUGCUUUUAUUGUUAUUUUAAACCUUCA